CCCGGACCUCUCGUGAGUCAUCCCAUACAACUCUGACAACGACCUCCAACUGCUCGUCUAUAUGUCGCUCAUGCUCGCUGGCCCCAUCGUCCCACAACCGUCGCUCUCUACCCAUUCUUUGGCUUGUAGGACUCCGACGGGCGGAGUGUACCCCAAGCCACGGCGCCCGACGCUCACUGCCGCAACUGGGUUGGUCGAAGCUGCUAUUCCCAAAGUACCUACACCGACAUCUGUCGUAGAAGCGGCGAAGCGCCUAGCUGCUUGGACCGCGGUGGACAGGCACAUUCUCCCUGAACACAAGGUCAUCGGCAUUGGCUCUGGUUCGACCGUACCAUACGUCGUUGAGCGAAUUGUUGCGCAGGGGAAGGAGGUAAACAAGGACCGCGUCUUCAUCCCAACGGGCUUCCAGUCCAAGGAGCUGAUCGUGAAGUCUCAGCUCCUGUUGGGAGACGUCGACCAAUACCCCAUGAUUGACGUGACUAUCGAUGGUGCAGAUGAGGUUGAUCAUGACCUGAACUGCAUCAAGGGCGGAGGCGGUUGCCACCUUCGUGAGAAGGUGCUUGCAGAGGCUGCUGAUACCUUCGUUCUCGUAGCGGACUACCGCAAGAACUCAACCAUUUUGGGCACGAGCUUCCCACAAGGUAUUCCGAUCGAGGUCGUACCCUUCGCGUACACCAAGAUUCUCCAGAACCUGCACCUUAUUGGCUCCCCUAACGCCUCGCUACGAAUGGCCAAGGCGAAGGCAGGUCCGGUUGUCAGCGACAACGGAAACUUCAUCAUCGACGCACCUUUCCCCCCGGAAAUCAUGAGCGACCCCUACACGCUCCUAAGUCGCAUCAAGAUGCUUACAGGUAUCGUUGAAGUCGGUCUCUUCUGUCACAUGGCGAAGGCUGCGUAUUUCGGGAACCAGGACGGUAGUGUCACGAUCAAAUGGCAUGAUGGCCGUGUAGAGCAGGUUCAGAAAUCGCCCACUCCUGUAGUUGACAAGCACUAAGGGCAGGCUUAAUGUUUUGGUUCACUUGUAUGGGGAUGAAUUAGAAGAUCUGUAAUGCCAUGUAUGAUCAAAGUUCAAUUCAUGUUUUCGUCUGCAAGCGCAACAUGAGAAGUGUGCUAGCUGGGAUCGCUCCAAACGACAUCUGUCGUUCGCGCCUGACCGCCUUUCGGGGCGGAAAAAUCUACUAGAUAAGCCUUAUUAGGGACCACAGUAGAUACAGGCAAUAAAGCGUUUC